AUGGCUUUGAUUCGAAAUGUACAAGUCGAUAAACAUGCUAUAGAUACACUUGCUUUAUCUACUUCUGGUGUUGCAUCGUGUAUAACAGUUGUCGUAGUACUGGAAGAUAAAAUUUUUAUUGAUCAUCUUAGUCCUGAAAACUUUAAUGCUUCAGCAACAUGUUCUAUCGAUGAUGCACGUAGGUUUUUUAUGACAACAUUUAAUAAUCUUCAUCAAUUAGAACCAUCUGCAAUGAUUCAAAAUAUCUUUAUAGUUGGAGGUUGGAAUAAUAAUAAUUAUAUAACAUUAAAAAAUAAAGAGGAUGAUGACGAUUAUGGUCCAAAUAAUUAUAUAGUUGAUUCUACUCUCGUCUACGAUCGAUCAUCGAUUCCACAUACUUUUAUUAUUUGGCAAUAUGCCGGUCAAGAAAAGAACAUGCAUGAUCCACGAUCUGAUUCAUCCAUUCAAGCAAUCUAUGAAUUUGAUCCAACAUCAAAGCACCUCCGAGCAUGCAUAUGCUCAAAUGCUUAUAAAUCACCACAUUAUGAUGAUUUUUUCAAACUAGUAGUAUUGAAUGUUGAAAAUCCAGUUUAUUUAUCCUUUAUUUAA